CCCCCCCCUUCUACGUACGCUCGACGCCUCCGCCCUUUCGAUCUCCUAUUCCCACCCUCUCUCAAUCUCACAAUGGCUUCCGGCUUCGGUAACAACGGCGGUCCUUCCCGCUGCUACAACUUCUGGCAAGAGGUCCUUGGUUGUUAUGUUGUCAACUCGGCCGAGGGUGAGGCUGGCAAGAAGAAGUGUCUGCCUGCCUUGGAGGAUUACCACGAGUGCCUGCACCACAAGAAGGAGAUCAUGCGCACGAUGAAGAUGCAGGCUGCCUACCGCAAGGCGGAGGCCGCCCACCCCCGCGACAAUGCGCCCAAGGCUGAACAGAUCCGCAGUCUAGGUCUGCUAGGGAAGGAAGAGGAGUCGGCUGCGUUCUUGACACGGGCAUGAGAGAGGCAUGUUGUGCGCAUUUAGGGAGUGUGGAUUUCAUGUUGAUCGUUUCAAUUACUACCAAGAUUCUGCUGGUUUGUUUAUCCGUUCUGUCUGUUCAUCACUGCGAGGUCCUUCAAUGUAUAGAAAUGGACAAUUUUCCUUUUGGUG